AUGGCUGGUCGCUAUGAAAGCAAUCCCUUUGCUGAAGAAGAAGUUAACCCCUUCGCUGAACCAGCAGUAAAGGGAAAAACAUCAAACCAAUCAAACUACAGUGGUGGUGCAUUUUACACAACAAAUCCUGGAAGUGUUCCAUCUGCGACAAAUUCAAGGCUUGCUCCUCUUAGGCCAGAGCCUGCUGAUUAUAAUAAUUACGGCUUUGGGGAAACAGUUGAUAUACCUCUUGAUGCAUCAACGGAUUUGAAAAAGAAGGAGAAGGAACUGCAAUCCAGGGAGGCCGAUUUGAAAAGAAGAGAACAGGAUGUGAGACGGAAAGAAGAAGCUGCUGCACGAGCCGGAAUUGUUCUUGAGGAAAAGAAUUGGCCGCCGUUUUUCCCAAUUAUCCAUCACGAUAUUGCUACUGAAAUUCCGGUUCAUCUUCAAAAAUUGCAAUAUGUUGCAUUUACUACACUGUUAGGACUAGUAGCGUGCCUUUUGUGGAAUGUUAUAGCUGUUACUGCAGCUUGGAUUAAGGGUGAAGGUGUAAAAAUAUGGUUUCUGGCAAUUAUCUACUUCAUAGCCGGAGUACCUGGAGCAUAUGUUCUGUGGUAUCGUCCAUUAUACCGUGCUUUUAGGACCGAAAGUGCUUUGAAAUUUGGAUGGUUUUUCAUGCUCUAUCUGCUUCACAUUGGGUUCUGCAUUUUAGCUGCUGUUGCUCCUCCUAUAGUUUUCAAAGGAAAAUCCCUGACGGGCAUUCUCUCUGCUAUAGAUGUGCUUGACAACCAUGCCUUGAUUGGGAUUUUCUACUUCAUUGGAUUUGGAUUAUUCUGUCUUGAAACGCUGAUAAGCAUUUGGGUGAUUCAGCAAGUAUAUAUGUACUUCCGUGGCAGUGGUAAGGCGGCUGAGAUGAAACGUGCGGCUGCAAGGGGAGCAGUGAGAGCUGCAUUCUAA